AUGUCUAUCCGGCUGACCUCCAACUGCGGCCUGCAGCUGAGCCGCGCAAACACCCACUCACUGCGUUCUUCCUUUGCCCAGACAUUCCCGAGAACCGCGUCGAAUACCUCAAAGCAGCCGGCCUGGAAACGAGAGGAACAGGAAGAGCAGGAAAACCAUGCAUUAGCAAGACAACUGCCGCGCUUCUGGAAGGUUGGUGAUGUCUAUGCGCCUCAUGACUUGAGUGGUGCCGAAGCUCGAAAAUGGAGACAACGAACCCGGCCGACGACUGAUGCUUUCGAUGCUUUAUCUGUCAACCCUCUCACUUUGUACAAGAACUUCUCUAUAAUGUCUGAAUAUAUGACCGAGAUGGGUCGCAUUCGACACUCCAACUCGACCGGCUUACGACCCGUCAACCAAAGAAAAAUCGCGAAGGCCAUACGAAGGGCGAUAUCACUCGGCUUGAUGCCUGCUGUACACAGACAUCCUCAGAUCCUGAAGGCUCAGAUGGAAAAAAGAAGAGGGGGAUACUGA